UUCACACUUCCGAUCGAGCGAGCUAUAAAAAGAGCACACCAUUUGUGCUCUUGGCUCGCCUCCAAAGAUCAUAUCACCAGACCACAACAUCGACCAUGGACAUGGAGCACCAACUACACCAGUUGCUGCACUUCUCGCCUCAGGAGCACCUCAUGGUCAGCUCGGGCUUCUUCGACGUCGGCCGCGGCGGCCCCGCGCAUCUCGAGACCAGCGUGUUCGUCGAGCCGGUCGGUGCUGUGGCGGGCACCCAUGACAGUGCGUGGGUGGAGGACCUCAUGCAGCAGCUCGGCGACGAGCUGUUCGGCGGUGAUGUCGAUGCCGCCGGGACGGGCGACCACCAGCCGUGGCAGUGCGACGGAGGCUCUCCCGAUGAUCCACUAAGCCUGAGCAUGGACGGUAACGGGAGCCCUCCACCGGGGGAGCAAGGCGCCGGGGAGCUCGCCUCCGAGCCGCAACGCGACGACGGCGACGUGUCGGCGGCCACGCGGAAGAGGAGGGACCGGUCCAAGACGAUCGUGUCGGAGCGCAAACGCAGGGUCCGGAUGAAGGAGACGCUCUACGAGCUGAGGUCGCUCGUCCCAAACAUUACAAAGAUGGACAAGGCCUCCAUCAUCGCCGACGCGAUGGUGUACGUCCAGAACCUGCAGUCGUACGCCAGGAAGCUCAAGGAGGAGGUCGCGACGCUCGAGGCGCGGCCGGGAUCGCCUAACAGCCAGCAGCAGCAGGGCCGCCGCCAGGACCGCGGCGCGCCUCCCGCGGACGGCGGCAACGCGGGUAGCGCGGGCCACGGCGCGCGGGUGACCCACGUGGGCGCGACGCAGGUCGGCGAGGGUAGGUUCUUCGUGACAGUGGAGUGCGAGCGGCGGGACGGCGUGGCUGUGCCGCUCUGCGCCGCCGCCGAGUCGCUGGCGUGCUUCCGGGUGGAGAGCUCCAGCCUCGGGCGAUCGGGCCCCGACCGCGUUGCGUCAACGCUCACUCUCAAGGUUAGUGAUCAAGUUGGGGAUGCGAGUGCGACGACGAUUGGCGAGGGCACGGUGAAGCUUUGGGUGAUGGCGGCUCUUCUCAAGGAGGGCUUCCGACCCGAAGUGACAGUCGAGAACUCCUCCUGAUCCAUCCAUCGAUCGACCGGCUAAUGUUCAGCCUCCGUUUCGAAUGCCGAAAUUUGGGGGGACUCUUGCCGGGAAUCAUUGCGAUUGCAAUCCCUGUGUGACCCGGGGGGGGGGGGGGUGUUGGCUCCCCCAAUAUUUGUGUAAUUACUCAGUAAAAAUAGUACUAUUUAGGUAAUUUUGUCAAUUAAGCUUUAAAAAUGGCCACCUCUACUUACAUAAUUCAUCCAUCAUUUAGUGUUGGCCCUUCUAAUUUUAUGUCCCAGCUUCGUCACUGUAUACGACUAAUUUUGUAUCCCAAACUAGGCCUCAUCCGCUCUGAUUAGUUAGUUCUUUCUUGUGUACCUUGGCGGUACGCGCGACAUAUCAUCGUCGCUUCCGAUUGCAGUUUUUUUUUCUUUGUGUGUAUAGUGUACAAUCUGUAAUAGGCAAUGAAGUGAAAAUCAGAAGGACAAGAGAGGGGGACAGUGGGAAUAAUCAAUCCAUCAUGUCUUGGCGGAAGUCGGAACCAACGGACGAGUACCAUGGUGCGUUGCACUUUUCUCACUUUCUUGGUUGACACAUGGAUGCCAUGAGUUUUGUCACAUCAGUGUCGAUCCGCCGGUCGCUCAAAGAACGGUGGCAGCAGUUACGUUCGUUAAUUUCAAAGAUUAUUAUCUUUGUAGUGACAGUUCAUCCUUUUAACACGCCGGCGCAUUACUACAUAAUGA